AUGACGAAACUCAUUCUCUCCACUGGAAACAUUGUCUCGGGCGGCCCCUCCAUAAUCCGUAAACCGGGUGCCUACAGAUCGAACCUUGAACUCACCAACUCGCUGCGAAGCAACUUCCUCGCCGCCCAGCAGGACUACUCGCCUUACGAAGAGUCCUCGCCCAUCGAUGACGACGACGACGACGAACACGUGAAUGGAAACGGCUUAAACGGCUUAAACGGCCACUCCAAUGGCUUCUCUCACAACUCAAACGGCCGCCGGCCUCGCAUCGACAUUUGGACUGCCCGCGAGGACGAUGCGCUCUACAUUCCGCGGAUAGACUGGUCCUACUCCGGACUGCAAGAAGAGCCCGACAACUACGACGUUACCGUGAAGCUGUUUUUCCUCCCCAAUGCCCUUCCACAAGACCGGGCUCAGUACGUGCAGGAUGCCUUGAGCCUCGUGCGAAAGGAGCUGGGGGUCACGACAAUUGAUCUUCUUAUCGCGUCCUUCCCGGGCAUGUCAUUUGAGGGCGACUGCGAGUGGGAAGCCGACAAGCGCAACGCAUCCCAGGGCAACAUUGACGAGGAGGCCGCGACGUGGACGCUCCUUGAAGAUCUGUACAAGCGCGGGGAGGUCAAGGCUCUCGGCAUCUCCGAGUUCGGCACUGAGAAGCUGGCUAAGUUUAUCAAAAAGGUCAGCGUCCGGCCGGCCGUCGACCAGAUUAAUAUCAAGGAUUGCUGCAGCGUCCCCCCCACGCUGGUCAAGCUGGCCAAGACGGAGGGUGUCGAAUUGCUCGUUCACACCGACUGCACCGACAUCCUGCCCAGAGGCACCCUCCGUGAACUCCUCGGCCACGGGCUACAGGGCGCUGGCGUCCUCGCCGACCCUGCCGAGGAUCAGGACGGUCUGGAAGGCGACCUCACACCUGAGUGGGUAGUCAAGUACACUGCCUUUGUCAAAGAUCGGGGUGUCAUUGAGAACAAGGGAUACUUUGCCGGCGCAGAGCUGGUCGAGACCUUUUAG